AUGGCGCUGCGGCGCCUCCUGCUGCUGCUGCUGCUGCUACUCUCGCUCGAGUCCCUGGACCUGCUGCCCGGCGCCCAGGGCGCCCGCGGCCGCGCCGCCAACCGGACCCUGAGCGCCGGCUCCGCGGCCGUCGGGGGCCGGCGGCCCGGGGGCGCCCUGGCCCGGGGCGGCCGCGAGCUGAACGGCACCGUCCGGGCGCCCGGCGUCCCGGAGGCGGGGAGCCGGCGAGGGCAGCCCGCGGCGGCGGUGGCGGCGGCCAGCACGGCCGUCACCUACGAGACGUGCUGGGGCUACUACGACGUGAGCGGCCAGUACGACAAGGAGUUCGAGUGUAACAACAGCGAGAGCGGCUACCUGUACUGCUGCGGCACCUGCUACUAUCGCUUCUGCUGCAAGAAGCGCCACGAGAAGCUGGACCAGCGCCAGUGCACCAACUACCAGAGCCCGGUGUGGGUCCAGACGCCCAGCACCAAGGUGGUGUCGCCGGGGCCCGAGAACAAGUACGACCCGGAGAAGGACAAGACCAACUUCACCGUCUACAUCACCUGCGGGGUGAUCGCCUUCGUCAUCGUGGCCGGCGUCUUCGCUAAGGUCUCCUACGACAAGGCCCACCGCCCUCCGCGGGAGAUGAACAUCCACAGGGCUCUGGCCGACAUCUUAAGGCAACAGGGACCAAUCCCCAUAGCACACUGUGAAAGAGAAACUGUCUCGGCUAUCGACAGCUCUCCCAAAGAGAACACGCCGGUCAGGUCGUCCUCCAAAAACCACUACACCCCCGUGCGCACAGCUAAGCCGACUCCAGGACAUUAUGGGAAGGAUGCUUACCGAAGUGGAGGACCUGAUCUCCAUAACUUCAUCUCCUCUGGAUUUGUCACGUUAGGAAGAGGACACACGAAGGGUGAUCAUCAGUAUAACCAUCCGAUUUUAAGCAGCGCCACCCAGACCCCUACACAUGAGAAGCCUCGGAUGAACAACAUCCUGACAUCGGCCACUGAGCCCUAUGACCUCUCCUUCUCCCGCUCCUUCCAGAACUUGGCCCACCUGCCCCCGUCCUACGAGUCUGCGGUGAAGGCCCACCCCAGCAAGUACUCAUCUCUGAAGAGACUAACCGACAAGGAGGCUGAUGAGUAUUACAUGAGGAGGCGGCACCUGCCUGACCUGGCUGCCCGUGGCACCCUCCCCCUCAACGUCAUCCAGAUGGCCCAACAGAAGCCCUUGCCACGAGAGCGACCCCGCCGGCCCCUCCGGGCCAUGUCACAGGACAGGGUCCUGUCCCCGCGUCGGGGCCUGCCAGAUGAGUUCGGCAUGCCCUACGACCGCAUCCUGUCAGAUGAGCAGCUGCUCUCCACAGAACGCCUGCAUUCCCAGGACCCACUGCUGUCCCCGGAGCGGACGGCCUUCCCUGAGCAGACCCUGUCGCGGGCCAUCUCGCACACGGAUGUCUUUGUGUCUACACCCGUGCUGGACCGCUACCGCAUGACCAAGAUGCACUCCCAUCCCAGUGCCUCCAAUAACUCCUACGCCACCCUGGGCAAGAGCCAGACGGCGGCCAAGCGCCAGGCCUUUGCCUCGCGCAGACACAACACAGUGGAACAGCUGCACUACAUCCCUGGCCACCACACCUGCUACACAGCCAGCAAGACAGAAGUGACCGUGUGACCGGCAGGGCAGGCUGGGCCGCCGGGCAGGCAGGGCAGGGAUCAGAAGGGGCCUGGAGCGGAGCUUCCAGCCCUGGUUGGCUCUCUUUCCCUUGUCCCCUCUGUAGGAGGUGGGGGUAGGCUGUGCCAGAAAGCCAUACUCCUGGGACUCGGCCAGUGGCCUGGCACAGCACGCUCAGACCCAGAUCCAGAGCGAUCACCCUCACUCUUCCAGGAGAGUCAAAGGGGAGCAAGGAGAGGGGCUAGGCCCCAGACUCACCCUGCCACCAUCACUGACUCCCUUUCAGUCCCAUAUCCCCUCUCUGCAUCCCGGGGGCUCAGCCGCAGUUUCUGUCAGCCAGGAGACCCUGGCCUGACCCUGGCCUGAAGCUGCCUGGGCUGGAAGUGGCAAGUGGGUGCAGUCGAUGGGCUGACUGAAUAGGCUACUCGGUCUCAUUCAUUUACCCACAACCGCAUCACAGAAAUCUUCUAGUGCCUAUAAACUGCCUGCUCGCUCUCUCAGAGCCAGGGAGCUGCUGUGUCCAUAAGCACAAUAAUGAUUCUCUUCUGCCUGCUGGAACUCUCUGGUCCCCACUGAGUGGCCCUUCCUCCGCUGACCCCCUCGGCCCCCAACCCUGGCCCUGUGUCCCUCCCCAGGCCCCGGGGUAGAGAGGGGUUCCCUUCCUUCAGCUGCCUCUCCACCGUUGGGACCGCCCCCUCCAGUCGGGGAUGGCUGCCCCACCCACAAGACUUUGCCCCUCCCCCAGUCCUAGAUUUCAUCCCUGAGUUCUCUGGGGCUUUGCUCUAGCCCUCCCAGAAGAGAGUAGCAAUGGGGUGCAGGGACGUUUGGGGUGCCCUCCCCAGCAACCUGAUGAUCUCCACACUUCCUCCAGGCCACUGCGUCUGACUCUGACCUGCCACUUGGGCCUGCCUUCCCCUGGUCUGCUCUUCUCCCAAGAGGCGUCUGCCAAUGGCCAGAGAGCAGUGGGUGGGGAGGGCCACUGUGAUGCCCUGGGUCUCAGGGGCUCGCCAUUCCCAUCGCCCAGGGCUCCACCUGUCUCCCACCACGCACAUCAGGCAGGACUGAGGCACUGGCUUCUGGAGAGGGGCAGCUCAGCCCCCAAUCAAGGAGGACCCGAGGCAGCUGUCCUGCACCUCGUGCACUCCUCUCUCCCAGUCACUGCCCCCCUGCUUGGCCCCUUCUCUGUUCAGAACUGGCUAUCUCUGCCUGUUUCCCCUGCCCUCACCUCCCAUCCUCCCGUAGUUCCAUCCGUCUUUCCGGGCUGCUGUUUCUUCAGACCAGUGCCUCCUUUGGAUCAAAGGGACAGAGACGCAUUAGCAGAUGCAAAUAAUGGUACUCCAGGCUACUGGUCUGGUGGGUAACUGGGAAGGUCCCCAGUUGCUCCCCUGCAGGGGGCACUGGGGCAUCAUGGAGAUCCAUGCCCUCAGCUCUAUCGGGGGGCUGCCCCUGCCAGCCCAUUUCAGCCUCUUCUCUGCCUCCAACCUAGGGGUUGAGCAGGGUGUGACAGCCUCCUGGAGAGUAGACAGUGAACUAAGCAGCAUCCGCUCCCCCGAGACCAAAGCCUGGGGGGAGAACGGGGGCUCCCCUGUUCUCAGGGCCAGGGUACCUCCCUGGGCUGGACCUGGGGGAAUCAGUUUCAGACCACUGGGUGAAGGUGUGGCACUAAAAAUGUGACUGUCGCCAGUCAGGCUCCAAAAGCAAUGACUUUAAACUGGGAUUUUAGAUUUAAAAGGUUGGGGGAGGCUGGGAGAACUCCCCAGUAUCAGCCCUGGGAAUUUUUAAUCUAAUCCACAGAGAAAUCAAUUGACUGAUUCCUCUAACUUACUCAAGAAUUCCAAAGCUCUUGUUCCCCCGCUCCUCCCCGCAAGGCUUACCGUCACACGAAUCAUGACAGGGUGAUGAACAGAGCCCUCAGGCCCCCAGUGGUGGUGUUACUGGGACUGUGAGGCUGUGAGGACAGGGGUAAUUCUCUGCUCUUUCUCCUUACAAACACAUAAACCUUCUCAAGGGCUGGUCCCUAAGGGUUUAUGAGAGUUUGAUCCAGAAGGUGAUGCUGAGAGGAUUGAGCUGGAGGAAAUCAACUACUCCUGGAAACAAGGGUGUGUCUCUCACAGCUGGUCCCUCCCACCCACUGCCCACUAAUCCAGUCCCCGCCAAUUCCUUCUAAGGCUGCCUGCUGGUGAGGAAAGAAAAGGAUAUGGGUGGGUGAGAAUCCCCCCCUCACAUGUCUACAGACACAUACACCCAAACCAGAAACCUGAUCUCAUUCCGUGUCUGAAGCAUCAUCUCAGCACCAGGUCCCUCAGGACAACGCUUCUCCCCAGCCCUGUCUGUCUGUCUCAGGGGUUGUUUGAUAGGCUCGAUUCUAAAACAUUUCUCACCCCACCGUUCCUGCUGUCCAGUUUAAAACUCCUUAACUGGGACACAGCAGUAUCUCAUCCAUGUUUGCAGACUAAGCAAGGCCGCAUUACCGGACAAGUUCUUGUAGCAGAUAAGACAGUGCUCUGGGGCUGGAACCCAGAUGUCCUGAUUUCCAGCCCCACCAAGCUGGUGGCCACUAUCACACUUGGAAGGGCCAGCCCUUCCCCCACGAAGGAAGUCCCCCUCCCCAAAGCCCAAAGUUUCCCUCUGCUUAUUUGACUCUUAGUGUGAGUCUCCGUUGCUCUACUGGGAAUGCACUGGGGUCCGCACAGGUUCUCAGCUGACCAACCUGGUUCUUGCCGGUUUGCUUGGCCUCAGAUGCAGUGAGGUUCUCACAGUCUCUCACGCCCUCCCCCUUUCCCGUCUUGCUUCCUCCAGUUAACUCCUGGUUCCGUGAGUUCAUAAACCACCAAGUCUUUCCCAAGAUUUCCUUUAGCUCCCUAACCGGGCUUGUGCUCUCAGGGCUCCCCAGCGUCCUGGGUGAUGGGUCUGCCUUCUAGAAAGUUUCAGCCCUUCCCUUAAUUCAAAUGUCUCCUCCCCUCUUUCCAAUCUCACACCCUGAAAUUGACCUCAAUCUUCUUCCCUCUCAUCUCCCUGGCCCUGCCCUUUCCUUCCAUUUACCUCCCUCCAUCCCUAAUUUCUUUUCCCUGGUCCUGCUCUACUCUCUAGUUCUAAAACGUAGAGCCCUCAAUGCAAACAAUCCGAGAACGAGACAUUCUCCGGUCUCUCCUGACCCUAUGAGAUAACAGGGGCAUGGUGGGUCAAAGAUCAGCUUUGGUUCCUGCAGCUGGCCCGUCCCUAAAGCCCCUGCCCCAGCCUGCCACCAGCCCAGAGGCUCCUGCUCUGGCCAAAGAUUCAUAUCCUUGAGGGCUCUUGGCCACCUGUUCCACCUCCCUCACGCCUGUCCUGCUUGUGUGUGUCACAGAUCCUCCCUUAUCCCCAAAGACUAGAGAGCCUCAAGACCCUCCAAGCACGAAGAAGUAUCCAUUCCAAUAACCCCACCACCAAACAAUCCAUUUUCUUCAGAGAUUCCUUGCCUGCCACCUGCCUUCUGUCCUCAGAUUCCAUCCACAGGCAACUGUGGACUUGACCCAAGUUCAUCUGCAAGGCCUGACAAUGACCUGGCCCCUGGAAAGCAUCUGCUCUGUUCCUCCCAUGUACCUUCCUCCCCUACCCUCCCCAAACCUGGGAAACUUUGCUCUGGAGUAUUUUCAAGGAAGCUCAUUGUGUUUUAAUGAAGUAUUUUUCAGGGUUCCUAUGUUAUUAUUAUUAUUUUUAUAAAUGCAGCAUUUUAGUGACAGAUUUGAUAUGAAAGCUAUGUCUUCCUGGGCUCUAUAUUUGAUUUCAGAAGGAAGCAUACUACAGGAGGGGAAAAAAGCACAGGCCUGAGGCUCUUGGAGACGCGGCUUCGGCCCCGGCUAUAUCUCCGUCUUGCCAUGUGACCGAGGACAAGCCACGUUCUCGCUCAGCACCUCCGUUUCCCACCUGUAACAUGAAGGGCUUUGACCAGAUCAGUUCUGAAGUUUCAUUCAGCUCUUAUACAUAGGGCUUCCAUUCCCCAUUGGCACUCCCUCCUCUCUGUUCCUCCCCACCUCAACUGGGCUACACACAUCCCAUUUACAUCUGCCCCAUGGCGAUAUCCUCAGAUGCUGUAGGCAGCCGCCAAACUCCUCCCCAGAGCCUAGGGGUGGACCCCAUGGUCACGGCCACCCAGGGAUGUUCUCCUGUUUGAAGGUGUAAGGGCCUACCCAUUCAGUAAGGUGACCAACCAUGUGUCAUGGAAGCCCUCUCAUAAAGACAUCUAAAUCAUCUUGGGUGUCUGUAUCAUUGGGGAAUUCUGACGUUUUCAUCUUGAUGUGGUCCUUAAAGCUGGAGGGAGGUGGUUCUGAUUUCAGAGAGGGGACAGGCUGGAGGAGAAAGGUCCAGAGGUUGGCCCACAACAGCAUGAAGUUUGUAUUUUAGAGCAGCUUGGAGAUGCAUUCCAAGCCACAGAGAAGGCACGGUAGAGGCUCUGCGGGGCAACAGAUGUUAUAUCCCCCUCCAGAACCUGUGUCUGGACACUGGCCUCCACCUGGAGGAGGGGCAGGCAUCACCCCCUGGGCUGCUAAGAGGUGGGCUCCCACCCCAUCCUAGUACCUUUCCAGCCCCUCCUUGUGACACUACCAUCCUCCCGGUGAAAGCUUCUGAAGCCGGAAUUGAGAGUCCAAGUCAGUAUCAUUGAACACAUCUGAUAAAUCGGCAACCACACCCGCCAUCCAUCAGGCAGAGAAAUGAUGUCAUAUGUUCCCUUAGCACCCUUCCUCCUUUGGGAGAGGAAGACCCCUGCUCAACCUUGCUGCCCACUCCUGCUGUGACCCUUGAAUGCCACUCCAUGGGAGGACUCAUUCACUUGCUUCGUAGUGGCAAAUAUUCCUCUAGUUCUAUAACUCAACUAGACAUUUUGUAGUAAAGAAUUCUUGAAAUUCUCUAAUAAAAAAAAGCAAUUCUUACUGUAAGAUUUUUAGUUUGGGGACACAAUUUCCUAAGGGGGGGAUUAAUGAACAUUUUUAUGCAUUAGCCCAAUUUAUGGAUUCCAUGUUUAUUAUAUAUGGUAGUACUGAUGAAAAGUACCUUUCUAUUGGUUCCUUUGCACAGUUUCUUCAUCUCUCAUAAGUAAGCUUCGUGAUGAGCAGCACCCCCGGAACUGCUGCUUCUGUACAAAUCUCAUUGUUCUACUUACCUGUCAAAGCACAUUCUAUAUGUACU